AUGAGCAGAAAAGUAAAGACGAAUGUUUUAAGCAUAGCAUCCCAGCUGCCGCUUGUCAUUAAAACAGGAAAAUACUACGUAGGCUUCAGACAGACUAUGAGCACCUUAAUAAACGAAACCUGCAAGUGCAUCAUCCUCACAAAGAACUACCCAGAAGUCAAGAAGAUGCAGAUAGAGUACUAUGCGAAGCUUGGAGGAAAUGUUCCCGUAUACAUGUUUGACGGAACGAACAGAGACCUUGCAAACCUAUGCGGAUCCCACUUUAGAAUGGGAGUUAUCUCCAUCCUCGACGGGGGAGAAGCAGAUCUUAUCCAUCUAACCGAAUAA